CGCCACAGCAGUUCAGAGGGUUUGAAGGGGAGUGCAGGGGUUGUGUGAAGAGUUCAGUACACCCCUUCAGAGCCCACCAACAACUUAGCAGUGUCUUCAAACAUUUCUGCUUGAACAGGACUCAACUAUUCAAGAAAAAUGGCCAGACUUACUGUAAUGUUCCGUGCAAUGGCUCUUGCAGCUGUCUUUAUGCCAGACUUUCUGGUUGCUGGUCCUGUAGGACGCAGUGAAGAAAAGGAUGAGGGCGCUGCUGAGGUGAAGACAGACAGCAUGUCAUCGCUGAAAAAGCUGGUCCGUAGCAGGAGGAAUGUUGCCUACUACAGGAGUCAACCUGAUUUUUGGGGCUGGUAUAAAUACUUCAUGCAGACCAACAACCAGGAAGGAAUUGAGGACAUGGAUCGCAUGUACCGUGUUUACCUACAGAACAAGCACAGAGUAGAAGAGGGACGCUCCUACAACCAUUACCUCACUCACCUGAGCGAAAUUUACAAAGCCUGUGCCAACUCUGAUGACCCAGACUGCAUUGCAGAAUCCACCAGCAAACCCAAAGCCAAGAUGGUCAUGCCUGUUCCCGUGAGGCAAGCUACUGUGACAGUGUGCAACCCUUACCUCGACCCCUACUGUCUCUAUGCUGUUAGACCAAAAGCUGCAGAAGAAGAGCCUUCUCCUGCCCCAGAAAAGCUCCCUGCUCCGAUUUUUUCCCCUCUACUACCUCUGCCUCUGAAAACCCCACCAGCUUACUACUACGCUCCGGUCUUAGAGCCCUUCUUGUCAGCUGAGCAGAGGGCAGAACUGUUGCGUAUAUGCAAUCCUUCAGACACAGAGUGUUUGCAGUACCACCUGCGCUCUGCUUAUGGCUACAGACCCUCGCUCGGUCCUCUGCCCUCCUAUGCUCACCUUGGAUGUGAUCCUACCAAAGAUCCUUACUGCCAGCCCAAACUGGUGGCCAGAUCGCCUUCAGGUUUGUAUCACCUGUACCCUACCUGUAACCCUGCCACUGACCCCCUUUGCGCCACCAAUGUAGUUGCACCUGCAGCCCAAACCAGUGGGAAUGCAGACGCCCCCAAAGAGCAGUUUUGCAACCCUUUGUUUGAUGAGGGCUGCAACCCCCUUACAGCUGCCAAACUAGCUGCACUAAAUAAGCCGGUCUUGGAAUACGCUCCAAGAGAUGAGCCUGCACCUGUCAACCUGGCGUGCGACCCUCGCUACGAUCCGUAUUGUCUGAUGGGUGGAGACGCUGCUUUCAGAAAACCCCCUCCGGUUCUCCCUGAGUUCCAGACCCGUCACCAACUGGGCAUCCGUGGAAAGACCAAAGAAGGUUAUGACUGCUACGUGUUUUAUGACAAGGACUGCACCCCAGUAGAGAACCAGGAAUUGAGGGCAAGUGCUGCCAGUUCUACACCAGAUUGCCACCCGUACGACCCCAACUGUGGUAAGUUUGCCCCUCAGCCAUCCACUGGAGCUGAUGCAGCCAAGAGAGUUAAAGACGGCAUCAUUGAGCCCCAUCCAGACUGUGACCCAGAAAUCGAUUACAACUGCCGUCUGCGCCGAGCAGAAUCCGCAAGUCAAGAACACAAAUAUGAGCCGGCCCAGCAAGAACAAGUUCAUGGCAACCCUCUCCCUGAACACGUGGCACCUGGGUAUCCAGUUCCACUAUUCAGGGACUUCCUGAGAGGGUAUAUUGGUGGCUACAAGAAAUGAGAAGAAAAAACUGGAUGAGAACUUGCAUAUUCAAUCAUGUUUAUUUACAUGUAGCACAAGUUUAGGCUUUUGCGAGAGAAGAAAUUCAGGAUCCUCCAGGAGUAGUUUUUGCAUUGAUGUUUUAGUAACUCUAGAGUUGUCUAAGGUCUUAAUUCUGUCUGAAAUGUCAUUUUGGGAAACAAAUCCAUACAUUU